GGAUAGAAAAGUUAUUGAUUAAAAAAAAAGUAAAAAUAGUUAUCAAAAAUAAAUGGAAAAAACUUCAACAUGGUUUAAUUUAUCAAAAUAAUCAAGAUAUAGUAUUAGAUAUUAAUACUAUUGGUGAUAAUUUUAAAUAUAAAGAUAGUUUAAUUAAAUCAGCAAAUGAAAAUAAUAAUACAUUAGACAAAUUAAAAAAUUAUUAUUAUUUAACAAAAUCUGAAUGUAUUGUAGGUCAAAAUAAUCAAACUUUAAUACAUUUAGAUAGCAUUAAUAAUAAUAAUGCUAUUUUACAAGCUACAAAAGCUGUAAAUGAUUAUUAUUUUCAUACAUUAGAUAAUCCAUCACACAGAAGUGAUUCUUUUUGGAAUGAUAUGGUUGAACAUUUUGAAGCUUAUAGAACAUAUAAUCAAUUUUCUUAUAUUAAUACAGAAAUGUCGAGUAAUCAUAAUCAAAAUCAUUUAAAAUGUAUAAAUAAAUUAAUCAUUGUUCUUGAACCAUUAUCAAAUUGUAUUAAUCAAUUUGUUAAAGAGAAUUAUAAUAAUUUAUAUAUAAAAUUAAGCAAUUUUUCUUGGGGUCUAUUUGCACCAAGAUCUUUUGGAAUUUUUCCAAUGAUUGCUAUUAAUUUUAACACAAUAAGUGAUUUUCAUUGGAAUGAAAAAGAUGAAGAAAAUUGUUUUUGUAUUUUAAUUGCUUUAGGAGAUUAUGAAGGAGCUCCUCAAAAUUUACCAAUAAAGAAAUUUACUAAGCUAAAAUCAUUUCAAACUAAAAUGGAAUUAUUUAAUGAUCAAAGAAGAUUUAAUAUUG